AUGAGGAUGUGUGACAGAGGAGUCCAGAUGUUGAUCACUACUGUGGGAGCCUUUGCAGCUUUUAGUUUAAUGACCAUUGCAGUGGGCACGGACUACUGGUUAUAUUCCAGAGGUGUGUGCAGGACUAAAUCUACAAGUGAUAAUGAAACCAGCAGGAAGAAUGAAGAAGUAAUGACCCAUUCCGGGCUGUGGAGGACCUGCUGCCUAGAAGGGGCUUUCCGAGGCGUGUGCAAGAAAAUUGAUCACUUCCCCGAAGAUGCUGACUACGAACAGGAUACAGCUGAGUAUCUCCUGCGGGCUGUGAGAGCCUCCAGCGUCUUCCCCAUCCUCAGCGUCACUCUGCUCUUCUUCGGCGGGCUCUGCGUGGCAGCCAGCGAGUUCCACCGCAGCAGACACAAUGUCAUCCUCAGCGCGGGCAUCUUUUUUGUCUCUGCAGGGCUAAGCAACAUCAUCGGCAUCAUAGUUUAUAUAUCAGCCAACGCUGGAGACCCUGGGCAGCGCGACUCCAAAAAGAGCUACUCCUACGGGUGGUCCUUUUACUUCGGAGCCUUCUCUUUCAUCAUCGCGGAAAUUGUGGGGGUUGUCGCCGUGCACAUCUAUAUAGAAAAGCAUCAGCAGUUACGUGCCAAAUCCCACUCGGAGCUCCUGAAGAAAUCUACCUUUGCUCGCCUUCCACCCUACAGGUAUAGAUUUCGGAGGCGGUCAAGUUCCCGCUCCACGGAACCCAGAUCCCGAGACCUGUCCCCCAUCAGCAAAGGCUUCCACACCAUCCCUUCCACUGACAUCUCAAUGUUCACCCUCUCCCGGGACCCCUCAAAGAUCACCAUGGGGACCCUCCUCAACUCUGACCGGGACCACGCUUUUCUACAGUUCCACAACUCCACGCCCAAAGAGUUCAAAGAGUCGCUGCAUAAUAACCCGGCCAACAGGCGCACCACGCCGGUCUGA